UUUCAUUGCAGCGUAGAGAGCAACAUAUUAAUUAUCAUGAGCGAGCAACUAAGCCAUGGCGAACAUAAUAUGCUUCUUUAUUGUCCUUUCUCAUUUAUUAUCAGACAAAUCAAUUCAUCAAUUCACUGCAUUGUCCAUUCAUUCGAUAUUGGUCAGUGAAGUGUCGAUUCCUCUGUAUCUGUUUUGACUCGGAAUUUGCAAAUAACUAACAAGUGAUGGAUUUAACUACAAUGAACCGGGGACAGAUUACUAUUUUAGGAUCUGCAUUCUGUGUAAUGCUUACAAUGCAUUUCACAAUGCAGCUUUUGACGAAGCAUCUCUUCUACUGGAAAAACCCAAAGGAGCAAAAGGCCAUUCUAAUUAUCAUUCUUAUGGCCCCCAUAUAUGCCAUUGACUCUUUUGUUGGUUUGUUAGAUGUUCGUGGAAGCAAGGCAUUUUUCAUGUUCUUGGAWUCAAUUAAGGAAUGUUAUGAGGCUCUGGUGAUUGCUAAGUUUUUGGCUUUGAUGUACAGUUAUUUGAAUAUAUCCAUUAGCAAAAACAUAGUUCCAGAUGAAAUCAAAGGAAGAGAAAUUCACCAUUCAUUUCCAAUGACCCUUUUCCAGCCACACACCAUUCGACUGAACCACCAGACGCUAAAGCUUCUUAAAUACUGGACAUGGCAGUUUGUCCUUAUCCGGCCUGUAUGCUCUGUAUUGCUGAUAGUUCUCCAAAUUCUGGGGCUGUACUCUAGUUGGGUCAGCUGGACAUUUACCAUCAUUCUCAAUAUCUCUGUUUCACUGGCUCUGUAUUCCCUUGUUGCUUUUUACCAUGUGUUUGCAAAGGAGUUGGAGCCACACAAGCCUCUUGCCAAGUUCUUGUGCAUAAAGGGGAUUGUUUUCUUCUGCUUUUGGCAGAGAGUUGUGCUUGAUAUCCUUGCUGCAAUGGGUAUCAUUAAAUCUCAUCAUUUUUGGUUAGAUGUAGAGCAAAUCGAGGAAGCCUUGCAAAAUGUCAUGGUCUGCCUGGAGAUGGUUGUUUUUUCAGUUUUGCAGCAGUAUGCAUACCCUGUCACACCAUACAGCGGAGAUAUAGCAUCAAAACUAACAUCAGACAAGAAGAACGAAUAAAUGAGCAGAAUCAAAUGCUGGUAAAAGCUUAAUGAAAUGGUGACUUCUGGAGGUUGCGUGUUUGUAGCACUGGAACUUUGGUGGUUUAUGAAUAUCCUCCAUUUUGUUGAGACAAAACACAUGUAUCUUCCUUCAUCAACGAUAGCUCAUAUGUUUUAGUUUUAUAUUUUCGUGCUGAGAUGGUCAGACUAUUGAAAUUGUUAUGGCCUUGUGUAUUUUCAUUUAGUCCUGCAACUGCUGUUUCUAGAGUAUA